AUGCGAAUGGAAUACGAAAAUCGAAGGAAAUACUUUGUUUCUAAAAAAGUAAAUUUUGUCCCACCGUUAAACUCACCGUCAUCUUUUCUUGAAAAACUACUCGACUCUAUUGAUCGACUGUCAGUGCCAAGUAAAUUAGUAAAACUGAUUGACCAUCUUGAAAGGUCAAGUAUCGCUUCAUGGAUCUGCAUCAAUGGCUAUUCUCAACAGAACAAACCAGCUCGAUCUAAAUUAAUUUUCAAUAUUUUCCUUUGUCUUUGGUGCUAUGCAAAUUCCCUUCGACAUCUAACCAUUGCCUUUAUCCAAGACGAGAACUCACGCAUUCUAUUGGGUGACAGUUUCAUUGGUUAUCCAGCAUACUCACUACUCAACAUAAUAUUUUCUGGAGCAGCAUUUCUUUUGGGCAGCAUUAAAACUGCUCUUGUUUACUCUGAAUCUCAAUCUCGAAUGCAAAUUCUGAAUGUCUUUGGCUCAUUGCGAGACAAGAGUUUUGACCGUUCUAUUUGGGGAAUGACGAAAAACUGUGAUCUCAAAUUUCGCCGAUUAACCUGUCUAACAAGUUACAGCUUGGACAUAUUCAUAGUAACAGCUGUCGGUUCAACAAUCACGAUGCAAAUUCAAGCAAUGGUGUUAAACCCGUCAAUAAGCGUACGAACCUUUCUCAUCCAACUCGCCUGGCUACCCGUGAGCAAUAUAGCAGUUUAUUUUUCCGGUUUAGCUGCUUAUUGGUUUUUUGUUCACACAAUCAUUUUUGUUUCGCUUUCCAUUCAAUCGACCAGUUCAGCCAUCAUUCGAGUUGACAAGCUAAUCAAAUCUGUGAAAGUCAGCUAUUCACAUUCUGUGACAAUGACUGUUAUCCAAAGAUUGAUUCAAAUGCAAAACGCUCACUACAAUACGAUAGCGAUAUUAAAUGACAACUUUGGUCUCUCAGUUUUCAUCUCAUUCUUUGUUGGUUCACUUUUUGCCGAUUUAGCCUUCUUCUGUGGUACUUAUGUUAGCACUAAAAACAUUUUACUCGAUCUUUUACUCUCUUUUAUUGGUUUCAUCACCUUAGGAACAAUAACUCAAUACAACCUUUUCGCCUCGGGUUCAUUUAAAAAGAUUGAAAAGUUUAGAAAAGCAAUUUACAGAUUAUCAGUCAAUAUUCCAUUCGAUUUGAAAACCAGAUUCAAGCUCAUUACAACAUUGGAACGAAUGUCAACGUACAAGAUUGGAUUCUAUAUUGGCAAUAUAUUCUGCAUCGAUGAUUAUCAUUGUUUCAUUGUAAGUUGUAAAAUGCCUAAAAUCUAUUAUUUUCAUGACAAAAUUUUCUCUCAACUUUCAGUUUCUCCUGGAAAAUGUCAGUUUAUAUCUUCUUUUAAUUGCAAAUAUUUCCAAAGCAACAAAUUGACUCGGAAAACGAUGCUUCAACGAAUGUCCAACUCGAGAAAAGAAAUAAAAGAUAUUUUGAACGCAAAUUUCUAA